AUGGACGUCUUUGGCGAUGAUGCCUUCAACGUCCCCGACUCGACCGACUGGCUGGGCACGCCCCUCGCAUGCCUGAUGCCCGUCGAACAGGCUUUCCGCUGUCACGUAUGCAAGGACUUUUACGACUCUCCCAUGCUCACAUCCUGCAAUCACACCUUUUGCUCAUUGUGCAUCCGAAGAUGUCUGUCCGUCGACAGCAAGUGUCCGCUAUGUCGCGCCACCGACCAGGAAUCCAAGCUCAGAGGCAACUGGGCUUUGCGCGAAGCCGUAGAAGCCUUCAAGAACUCCCGUAAAGUCCUUCUCGAGUUUGCUAGGACACCACCGACCAUUCAGGCGAUACUGCCAGACCAAGCAGGCCCCAGUUCGCCAUCAAAACGAAAGGCGACCGAAUUGGAGGGGCCGAAAGAAGAGGACCCAGAAACCAAGAGGCCAAGGAGGUCAACCAGAUCAACAAGAGCCCGGGCCGCCGAGUUGACAGCAGCAAUACUACAAGAAGAGCAAGACACCACACCUUCAGCCGACCCAGAUUACGUUGACCAACCACCCGACGACGGCCUAGUAGCCUGCCCCAUCUGCCUCACCCGCAUGAAAGAACAGCAAGUUGAUCGCCACCUCGACACCUCUUGUCCCGGUUCUCCUCAGGCCGCAUCCAAACGACGACCGAUCCCCGCUCAAACAUCACAGCCAUCAACCUUUCCAUCCUUCAACAGCCGCCUCACAUCUCAGACCAGCAUCGCCAACCAAAACCAAAAACCACCCGAACGACUCCCCGCCCUAGCCUACUCCAUGCUGCGCGACACCGCCCUGCGCAAGAAACUCUCCGAACUCGGCCUCUCCACCCACGGUUCUCGCCAGCUCUUGGAGAAGCGCCACAAGGAGUGGAUCACGCUUUGGAACGCCAACUGCGACUCUUCGCGACCCAAAAAGCGGUCCGAAUUACUUCGCGAUCUAGACGAAUGGGAACGGACAGUAGGGAAUCCCGGCACAGCAGCAGGAGGAGGAGGAGGGCAGCAGGGACUCGGACUUGUGGCGAGGGCGCAAGCUACGGGAGCGCAGAUCAAGGACAAGGAGUUCGAUGGCAAAGCUUGGGCAACUCGGUAUGGAGGGAGUUUUGGGGAUUUGAUCAAGCAGGCCAGGAAGGGGAUUAAGAGGCAGACUUUGGAUGGGAAUGGGGAGAAGGCGGAUACUAAGGGUGAGGGUGGGGAUGGGAAGGAGGAUAUUACCCCAGCUGAACUUCCAACAUUACAAGCGAGAGAGGGGGAAAGCAGUGCAGCGCCAACACCGAUGGAUAUUGUCCCGCCAUCAAGUCCACCACGACUGGGGAAAGUGGAUGACGCGGGUGCAGAACACGACGGGCAAGCCCAUGGAAAGGAUGCUAUAGCAGAGGAUACCGCCAUGGGGGAACAAGUCAUUCCCGGGACACCAGACAAGGAACGGUGGGAGACGUCACAGCAGCCACCAAUACCUGGGGAUGACUAACUUGAGUUGAUGAAGAACUGACAUGCUAAGGUCGAUGAAUAUAUCAUGACACUC